ACAGCCGGUGUCAAGAUGCAGAGAGGUUAGGUUUUUUUUCUUUCUCUUUUUUUACGUUUCGCCUGUAGCGUUGUCAUCGCUCAUUUUUCUUCACAAGUUUUUCCCGGGAAAUCAAUAGAAACAGAAUGUCUUUUGGUGAUGUGAAAACACCCAAGGGAUUGGGGGAACUCAAUAAGCAUUUGGCAGCCAACAGUUAUAUCGACGGAUACACCCCUUCCAAGGCGGAUUUGUCGGUAUUUGAGGCUGUUGGCAGCAAUCCCGGUGAAAAAUUUGUCCAUGUUCAGCGCUGGUAUCGUCAUAUUGCUUCCUUCACGCCAGCUGAACGCUCCACAUGGACAGGACAAGCUGUACCUCAGGUUUCCGGAGGGCAACCUACAGUUACAGCCUCUAAGCCGGCGGCUGAUGACGAUGACGAUGUUGAUCUUUUUGGGUCAGAUGAAGAAGAUGAUGCUGAGGCAGCUCGCAUCAGGGAGGAACGUGUGAAGGCGUAUUCGGAGAAGAAAUCCAAGAAACCAGCUCUCAUUGCCAAGAGUAGUGUCCUCCUGGAUGUGAAGCCAUGGGAUGAUGAGACUGACAUGGCAAAAAUGGAAGAGCUAGUACGCACAGUUGAAAUGGAUGGACUCCUGUGGGGCGCAUCGAAACUCGUUCCUCUGGCUUAUGGCAUCCGGAAGCUCCAGAUUAUGUGCGUUAUUGAGGAUGAAAAGAUUUCCGUGGAUUUACUGACGGAAAAGAUUCAAGAAUUUGAGGAUCUUGUUCAGUCGGUUGAUAUUGCUGCCUUCAACAAAAUCUAGUGAGAUUUCUUUCUCCGGAUUUCUUGAAAUUCAUUAAAAAAUUUCAUGAAAAAAAA